GUUGAGAUAAUACCAGGAGGGAAGCAGGGUUCAACAAUUGCAGAUUGCAGAAAUCACCACCAGACACUGUCAGAGAGGUUGGAAGUUUUUUCCAGCUCCAACGGCUAAGGACAAGUUUUUUCAGAACAUGGUCGUUAUCAAUUGUUGGUGGCGGUCGAUCGGAACAAGCCCUUUCGCCGGAACCUACCUACCCUGCGGUUGCGCCGCCUGCCCUGGUCCAAAGCUUAAAGACCGUUUUCCCACAAGUAACACUUCGCCUGUUAGUCUGCCCGGGGGUUUUGGAGUUACUAUUAAGGCUUCGGCGGAUCGUACGUCUGUGAGGAGAUUGAAAAGAUAUGGGGAAGCGAAGAAACCCAAAACUCCUCCGGCUAAUAAGAAACAAGACCCCUCAGCUGAAUAUAGUGGGCCAGCCGAUGGCAGGGGAUCUGCUUCUUCUGGGGUUGAAUUUAGUAACAGAGACAAUGGUGAUAGAAGGGGCUCUGACCUGGCUUCCAAGGAUAAUAUUCCAGAAGGUCCCUCUAGAAGUGCUGUACUUCAGGCCUGUACUGUCACUUCCGGUUUGAUACUCUCACUGGGUCUUGUAAUUCGGCAGGCUUCUCAUGUGGCUUCUAUUGAAGGGCUGCCGCUCCUCGACUGUUCUGUAGUAUCAUUUGAUUUCGAGUUGUGGCAUCUUGAGUUGAUCACAGGAUUAGUGGCAUUGAUAUCUUCGUGCCGAUACCUACUACUGAAGACAUGGCCAGAUUUUGCUGAGUCUAGUGAAGCAGCUAAUCAGCAAGUACUCAGUUCGCUGCAACCAUUGGAUUACAUAGUUGUGGCAUUUUUUCCUGGGAUUAGUGAGGAACUCCUCUUCCGUGGUGCACUGCUUCCCCUAUUUGGACUCGACUGGAAGAGUGCCCUUGUAGUUGCUGCCUUUUUUGGAGUUUUGCAUUUGGGUGGUGGCCGAAGAAAUUCGUUUGCCACAUGGGCAACAUUCGUUGGAUUUGCAUAUGGCUAUGCAACCAUCAUAUCUUCAAGCAUCAUCGUGCCAAUGGUAUCUCAUUCAUUGAACAAUCUUAUUGGUGGCAUUUUGUGGAAAUUCACGAGUUCAUCAGAAGAGAUGGACUGAUGGCAGUUAGCUGAUUACUACAAAUCUUUUGUCUGUAAUUUGGCUUACAACAGUUUAUAUAC